CAUCAAUUAGUAACUUUUACACAAAAUUCAUACAAAUAUAUACAAAUAUAUUAAUAUACAUUACAUACAUUAAGUACCUUUCACUAAGCAACUGUAAAGAUGAAGAACGAAGAGCGUCGCAAUAGCUAUGAUGUGGUCUCCAUACCGUCGUAUGAAUCUGUGCCGACGCAGUCGGAGUCUUCGGAGCAAUCGCACAAUGAGGAUGUAGUUUCAAGUGCUAUGGUUCACAAUUUAAGUUGUGAUAUAGUUAAAUAUAAAGAUGAAUCGAAAUGGGUCGAACAGAGAAUGAAUGCACCAACACCACCUGUUUCGAUAGCCGGAGACCUGUCGAGCUUUGGCAGUCUGACAGUCUGUUCCCAUGAAACCUUCAUUUAUGAUACAAGCGUUCUGAGGAUUGAGGAAAUAUUCAAUGCACAACUCAUGGUUGUCUAUGAGCAGGGCGACAUCCACAGUGCUCUCCACUUUCUACUCGAGUCGCUUCACAAUCCGUUCACACCCCGAGCGGUGACCACAGUAUUCGUUGAGAAGUGCAUUCGAGCUGAGUUUUUGGCGCGCAUACACGAUCAAAUGAAGCCACUCAGUUUGAAAAUAUCAUCGCAUCUCAAUUAUCGGAAGACAUUGAAGGUGAUCAACAGUAUGAAGCUGGAGGUUCUUAUGAUCCCAAACGACAAAAUGCUGUCAGUACAUUCCUCGCCCAUUGUGGUCUGCGAUUGCGACAGCAGUGUGUUGGGUAGCCCGCCCACUGGUGUCAUCUGCUUGCGCACAUUCUCUGACGCUCAUGAGAUCAUUGAAUUUUGCAAAAAGGACAAUUUGCUUUUCGAGAGCGUCACCAUUUGGAACGAGUGUGUGGAGGGUCUCUAUCAGCUGGUCGUCUCCCUAGACUGCAGUAUCUUCUUCUUCAACAGCUGCAAUGUGAAUUUGGUACCGAUCUAUUCACAUCUGAUCAGCGGCAAGGUCCAUGUCUGCAUUACUGAUGGUUUUCACUAUGAAACGCUGCAGGUUUUAGAGAAAAUUAAAGUCGUAAUAUUUCCAAUUACUUCACAUAUCUGGACGAAAAGUGAGGAGCCCACUAAAGCUGGGCCAGCUCCCAUUUCAUUUCUAAACAGCUGAUCUGCCCGAUCCUAAAGUCUCUUCCUCGUCAGCAGCUGCUUUCGGGAGUUUCCGAUAAAAAAUAAAGUCGUUCAAUUGUCACCAAAAA